ACUUCAACUUCCGGGCUGAGCGGCUGAGCUGUAUGGCUGUAUUCCCCCUGACUAUGGCCACUUCCGGAAUCUCUAGAUGUCUCCAUACGCGGCACCGUGGCCUAGCAAAGUUACAUGCGAGUUCACGGAAAGUUGUGUUUUACGCUGCGUAAAACGAGAACGAUCGUCUUGUACAUAACGGGCGUGCGGUAAGAAGCCAUGGGGAAGGACCGAAAGGCAAAGAAAGACAAACUUGAGGACGAUGACACCCUCACGCAAGAGAUGGAAACUCUUACCAUCAAUGACAAAGGUGGUCUGAAGAAGAAGGCCAAAGAUGCCGAUGCCGGCGACGGCACCAACGAAGACGCUCCGAACCGGAAAGCCAAGGCGAAAAAGGGCGCCAAGAACGCGGACAGCGAUGACGAAGAUGCCCGGCCCGUCACCAAGGGGAAGAAGGGCAAGAAGGGAAAGGGCGGAGGCGAGAGCGAGGAGGAGGAGGAAGCAGUGAAGCCCGCACGGAAAGGGAAGAAAGGAAAGAAGGGGGCGGAGUCUGACGAGGAGGAGGAGCCAGCCACGAAACCGACCAAGGGGAAGAAGGGAAAGAAGAAGGGGGCAGAGUCUGACGAGGAAGAGGAGGAGGCGCCCAAGCUGCCCAAAGGAAAGAAGGGAAGGAAGGGGGCGGAGUCUGACGAGGAGGAGGAGGAGGCGCCCAAGCCGGCCAAAGGGAAGAAGGGAAGGAAGGCGGCGGAAUCUGAUGAGGAGGAGGAGGAGCCAGCGGCGAAACCAGCCAAGGGGAAGAAGGGAAAGAAAAAGGGGGCGGAGUCGGACGAGGAAGAGGAGGUUCCCAAGCUCCCCAAGGGGAAGAAGGGCAAAAAGAAGGGGGCGGAUUCUGACGAAGAGGAGGAGGCGUCGACGAAGAAAGCCGGCGGGUUCUCCCUGCUCGACCUGGGGGAGGAGGGGGAUGAAGGGGAGGAGAGUGGGAAGGAGGAAGAGCCUGAAGAGGAGGAGGAGAAGGUGGUCAGGGAGGAGAAGAAGGAAAAAAAGAAGAAGGAGAAAAAGAAGAAGAAAAAGCAGGACGACGACGAGGAUGAGUUGGACAAGAUGCUGGAGGAACUGGCCCUGGAGAUCGAGGGCAAAAACCCGCCUCCCUCCAAGGACGCUCCCGCCGCCACUCCUGCGGGAGACGAGGCAGCUGAAGCCAAAGAGGCAGCGGUGGCCAAGAAAAAGAAAAAGAGAGAAAAGAAGGCGGCUGCCAAGGAAGACGGGGCAGAGGAUGGAGAGGAACCCAAGGAGGAAGGUGCUGCCCCUGCCGCCGACACCAAAAAGUCCAAGAAGAAGAAAAAAGAUGCUGCCAAGAAAGAAGCAGAGGCUCCUGCUCCACCCAGCAAAGAGGCAACGCCGACACCCGCCGCCGAUUCCGAAGAACCCGCCGCGGCCGAUGUUGCCGAAGGUUCGGAUGAAGAGGGAGGCGAUGGCAAGAAAAAGAAAAAGAAGAAGAAAGACAAGGAGGAGGAGGACAAAAAGAAACUCAAAAGGCCGGGCUCUAAACAGAUUGCGGCCAUUCAGGAGCACCUGAAGAAAUUGAAGGAGGAGGAGGAGAAGAGGAAGCAAGAAGAGGAGGAGAGGAUAAAGGCCGAGGAAGAGGCGGAGAGGCAGCGUGAGGAGAAGUUGAAGCAAGAGCAAGAACGGAAGGAGCGCAAGAAGCAGAAGGAGAAGGAGAGGAGGGAAAGAGCGAAGGCGGAAGGCCGUCUGCUGACCAAGGCGCAGAAGACUGCCCGGGCGAGGAUGGAGGCCACCCUCAAGGCUCUCAAGGAGCAGGGUAUCGAGGUUCCCCAAAUUGGAGAGAAGAAAGAGAAACCGUCGAGGGCAAUGGACAGGCGGAGGAUGCAGAAGAAGAAGCCGGAGGACGGGGAGAAGACAGAGGAAGUCCCCCAAGUCCAGCUGGAAAUCCGGGGGCCCGAGGGAACGCCAAAGACGGACUCCGAGGAUCCGGGGAAGGAGGGCUCGCCGACCGAGGUCGCGGCCCACGAAGAAGACGACGUGAAGGACGCCUGGGACGCAACUUCGUCGGAAGAAGAGGAGGAGGAGGUGUCUGAAUCCCAGACGAAAGCCGAAGUCAAAUCCGAAGUCAAGGCCGCCCCGGCCAAGAAGAGGGAGCCUGCAAAGAAGGCUCCCGCCAAGAAGGCGGAGUCGUCGUCGGAAUCUUCGUCCUCCGAGGACUCCGACUCGGAGGAGGAGUCGAGCGAGGAGAGUAGCGACAGCGAGGACGACAAGUCGCACUCGAAAGAGAAGGUCCUGCAGAGGAUACAGAAACAAAGAGAGGAAGCCGAGAAGAAACGGUCCGUGGACCACCUCCGUUCUCCGGUCAUCUGCGUUCUCGGUCACGUCGACACCGGGAAGACCAAGAUCCUCGACACGAUCCGGCAUACGCAUGUUCAAGACAGCGAGGCCGGCGGCAUUACGCAGCAGAUUGGAGCGACCAUGGUACCCCUGGAUGCCAUCAAGGAGCAGUGUAAAAUGGUCAAAGAGUUCACGUCCAAGCCGCUGAAUAUUCCUGGCCUGCUGAUCAUCGACACCCCUGGUCACGAAUCUUUCAGCAACCUGCGGUCGAGAGGCUCGUCCCUGUGUGACAUGGCGAUCCUGGUGGUGGACCUGAUGCACGGCCUGGAGCCGCAGACCAUUGAGUCGCUGAACAUGCUGCGUUCCCGCAAAACACCCUUCGUGGUGGCCCUAAACAAGGUGGACCGGCUGUACGACUGGAAGGGCAACCGCAACAAGGACAUCACGGACGUGCUCAAGUCGCAGUCGCGCAACACCAAGCUCGAGUUCGAGGAGCGCACCCGGGAGGUGGUGCUGCAGUUUGCCGAGCAGGGGCUGAACGCAGCGCUCUUCCACGAGAACCAAGACCAGCGGACGUUCAUCUCGCUGGUGCCCACGUCGGCACUGAGUGGGGACGGCAUGGGCAACCUCAUCAGCCUCAUCGUGGACCUGACGCAGAACAUGAUGGCCAAGCGCAUUGCCUUCUCUGAGGAGCUGCAGGCCACCGUCCUGGAGGUGAAGGCCAUUCCGGGACUGGGCACGACCAUCGACGUGAUCCUGGUGAACGGUUACCUCCGGGAAGGCGACACGAUGGUGCUGGCGGGCCACGACGGGCCCUUCACCACCCCGAUCCGGUCACUGCUCAUGCCCCAGCCCAUGAAGGAGCUCAGGGUCAAGAACCCCUACCAGGAGUAUAAGGAGGUCAAGGGGGCGCAGGGGGUCAAGAUCGCAGCCAGGGACCUGGACAGGGCCAUCGCGGGGCUCCAGGUGCUCAUCGCCCACCAUCCGGAUGAGGUCGAGGUGCUCAAGGACGAAGUGUCUCGAUCUCUGAAGGAAGUCAUGAGCGGGUUCAAGCUGUCAGAGAGGGGCGUCUACGUUCAGGCGUCCACGCUAGGUUCUUUAGAGGCCCUCCUCGAGUUCUUGAGGGUCUCCAAGAUUCCGUACUCUGGCAUCAGGAUAGGUCCGGUGGUCAAGAAGGAUGUCAUGAAGGCCUCCAUCAUGUUGGAACAUGAUACCCAGUACGCGGUGAUCCUGGCCUUCGACGUAAAGGUUGAGCGGGACGCCCAGGAGCUGGCAGACUCCCUGGGGGUGAGGAUCUUCCAGGCGGACAUCAUCUACCACCUGUUCGACAAGUUCAUGGCCUACCGGGAGGAGCUGCGCCAGAAGAAGCGGGACGAGUUCAAGUCGGUGGCGGUGUUCCCCUGCAAGGUCCGCAUCCUGCCCCAGUUUGUGUUCAACUCGAGGGACCCCAUCGUGGUGGGGGUGUCCAUCGAGGCCGGCGUGGUCAAGGAGGGCACCCCGCUCUGCGUACCCUCCAAGGAUUUCCUGGAGAUCGGGACGGUGACGACGAUAGAGGUGAACCACAAACCCAUCGAGAGCGCCCGCAAGGGCCAGGAAGUGUGUCUCAAGAUCGAGGCCCUGGGCGGCGACGCACCCAAGAUGUACGGCAGGCAUUUCGACCACACGGACUUCCUCGUCAGCAAGAUCACGAGACAGUCCAUCGACGCCUGCAAGGAGUAUUUCCGCGACGACCUGAUCAAGACGGACUGGCAACUUAUGGUGGAACUCAAGAAGCUGUUCCAAAUCCUAUGAUCUACCCACUUGAUGCAAAGUGAACUUUUUUUUUUGUUUCCUCGUUGCAUCGCAUCGACGAAAUUCCGCGGCAAGAGUGGAAGAGAGAGUCUGACUGGGGCGCCUGGUGAAUGAUGCAAGGAGUGUGUUGUGCAAGGACUCGACGGAGCGGCCAAAAGAACCGUCGACUAUUCUCGAGAGGCCGGCUUUUGCUACCGAUCGUACUAUAAUGAACUUUAUUAUUAAAAAGCGCCGCAAGGCAACGACACAACGCUUCGUUUGCCAUACUGCGCUUCUGUUUUGAGAAUUGUUUUUGUGGGUGUGCGAGUUUCAAGAUGUGCGGCGACGCGGAGGCCAGCUUGUUGGCACAGAAGGAAACGAAGGAUACUGUGCGCUCCAUUUCAUGGGCACUGUGCUACAUUUUAUGGUGUUACGGAGGUCAACCUGGUCGUACUGAAAAGAAGAAAAACAUUUUUCUAGACUUUUUAAAGAGCUCUGUGCCGCAGUGUUGUAGGUGGAAGUGCUCGUCUGUGUGAGGCAUGCUCGUAUCUUCAUAAGCACUGCAUGUAACUCCUGAAUUGGAGUAAUUAUCUCUUUCGCAUUACUUUGUGCAGUAGCCUUUUGUUUUUUUAAUGGUAACUUGCAGCACUGUUGGGUUUGGUUCAGCUUGUAAAAGGCAACCCAAUCCGGACUGGUGAAGAAAUAGGCUUGUUACACAAAUGUGCUCGAGGACUAAGUUAAGAGUUCAGGGGAAGCUCUUCCCACCUCUCCACUAUUGCAGAGCAAAUGCUGGAGAGGUCACCCCCUCUUCAGCAUUUGCACUGCGAAAGUGGUGGCAGAAGUCCCAGCAACCUCUCACCGACUCUAGAGUUUUAAAUAGCUUUCUGCGCUUGCCUUCUCUUAUUGCAGAUCAGCUAAUUAUGAUUCACAAGUACACUACAAUCUGUGGCCGCAGGUAAUUUAGUCGAACGCUUGUGCCCAACUAAGACUAUUGUCAAAUCUUUUACUGUCCAUCUUUUUGUUCGCAUCGUAAAUUUUUGGUACAGCAAGAAUAAUGCAUAUGCUGGAGUACAGCCACGUCUAUUCAAAUGUGCUCACUUUUUUCUCACAUGAAAGGCAAUUGUAACGGCUCGAUAAUGAGGUUUCCUUAAAGUAAUAUGCCGGCGGCAAGCACAGUGCAACAGGCCCACUGUGACACACUUUUAAGACUUGCAAGAUUCUGAAAAAUUGCCACAUAUAUACAUAAAAUAUUUCCCCCCUUCUUUUUUUAGCGAUGAGCGUCUGCGGGACGUUUUCAGAUGCUGUUUCUUGAAAUGCUCCCAAAAAAGGUUUGAAGAAUGCGAAGCGGCAGGUUCAGCUGCUGAAAAUGCCCUCUUGUAUUGCAAGGUAUUACGGGUGAGACAGGGAAGGUUUACAGUGUUGUGAAAACAAGGAAAUAAAUUUAUCUCUCGUAAGCUA